AUGGGCGGUCACCUUCUUCUCCCGCUGCCGCAGGAGAAGCGGCGGAGUGAGCAGCCGGAGACCGCCGUGAGGUGCCCCCGGUGCAACUCCGGCGACACCAAAUUCUGCUACUACAACAACUACUCGCUCUCCCAGCCCCGCCACUUCUGCAAGACCUGCCGCCGCUACUGGACCAGAGGCGGCACCCUGAGGAACGUCCCCGUCGGCGGCAGCUCCCGAAAGAAGAGGAGACAACACUCCUCCUUCUCCUCCUCAAAGAAGGCUCGCCUUCAUCGGCCACUCCCUCCCUCGGCCGGUGGCGGAGCUUUCUUCGUCGGAAGCCCCAGUUCCAGUUCCGACCCGCCUGGAGCUCCCACUUUUCUGGACAUCCUGAGGAACAGAUUCCUGGAGAACAGCGCGGGGGAUUUCGGGGAUCUCUGCGACGGGUUCCACGGCGGCGCAGCGGCGCCGCUGCGCGAAGGCUUCGCCGUCGACGGGGGAGAGGAGGCCUUCGUGGGGCUUCAGUGGCCGCAGCUCGACGGCGGCGGAAGCGGUGCGGCGGAGCCGUUCGGGAGAGAUAACUGGGACGGAUUUGGAUCUACGCGUCACGGCGGCCUGGUCAACACCUACUUCGUCUAG